AUGCCGGUCAUAAUUGAUGAGGACUUUCUUUCACAAGUCCCCAUCGAUUGGGAUCUGGUGACGUUUUUAGGCGAGGAGUACCAAAGCUCACGUAAGCACAAAACCCCUUUCAACUUCAACAAAGUCGUGGAUCACUAUCUCGCUUCUCUCAACCACAUCGUCGCCAACACAAAGGAUGUGACCAUACUAUCAAAAGCCAAGUUGCUACUGACUAAAUAUAGUCGGGGGGGUCGUAUAUCGGACAAGGCUCGUUCCCGCUGUUGGGAUAAAAACCGCCUAACUGGACGACGUCAGAAACGCGUUUCCAAACCACAGGUGGUGAUUCAUCAAAAUAAUGGGACCAUCGGCACUGUUGUCCGCGGGAACGUCGGCACGUUGAACUCGUUUCCCCAGCCACAUGCUGGAUUUAAGCCUAUUGGAUCGACUCUUGGUUCGAAAGAGGUUGAAAUAGAAGGGGAGCAAAAUAAUGAAGAUGAUAGUAUCGCAUCCGAAUCAGUGACGUUGACACCCGAGUUUGAGACCAAUCAGAGCAUGGACAGUAAAUUCCCACUUGUAGGCGGCGUAUUUUUGGAAGAUAUAGCACGGGACUAUGCAAAAGAAUUCUCAGAUAUUGACCAGCUGAACCUUCCAUCGUUAUCAAUAAUUGAUGCCCACGACAAAGACUUUAGAGAUUUGUUUGAUGAUGAUCAGUGGAAACAAAUAGUUGAUGAAUCCCCACCAAUACCUCAACUCCCUUGUUCGCUCGCCGAUCAUAUCACAAGCUAUACAAAAUGCGCUACCACGGAUGACUGUAUAGAAACUGCUUAUUCAACCGAGAGCGGGUGGGAUAAGAGCACACCUGAGUACUCAGACAAGCGCUGGAUUGAUAACGUGAUGGAGCACACUCUCUUUUUACUUACACAGACCUCAAACUUAUUGGAUUACCGUGGUUUGAAAGAAGGAGUAUGGGACAGCUUGUACGCACAUGUGAUGGACGCCUGUAUCCUUCGUCUUGCUCAUCUUGGAUUAUUUAUGCAGCGCAAAGAGAUCAUACUGGCAGCACAUACCAGCGACCCUGACCCUUUCAUAUCUCCCUAUGUGCGUUACGAUGGGAUUGUGCAGACAAGGUGGCAAUAUCACAGUCGCCACCUCGAAUACGCUGUAGUUGAAGUAUCUUCGAGUUCGGACUCCAAAACAUCUAAUGAAGGAAAGAGAGACAAAGACCUUACCAAGUUACUGGCUGGGUGCCGUGCCAUCCUCAAUAACCUUAAGAAGAUUGUCAAUUAUGACCCCGAAACUGUCAAAAAGUUAGUUGUGGUUGGCGUCCUACACGAGGGCCGCUUCACCCAAGUUCUUUACAUGUCAUGUGUCGGUCACAAUAUGUUCUACCUAAGAUCGGGUGAAUUACGACCAUUUCCAGAGAACAUCGAGUCCAUCCACAAAGCUUGCGACCUCCUUACCAUCAUAUGGAAAGUCAAGGCAGUGAUCCGUGAUUGUCAUAGCACUGUCACGGAAUACCUCGACCAGAAGAAAAAGUCUCAGGCUAUAGACCGCAGAGCGGUCGAUUUUCUGUGA